AUGUUCGACAUUGUUCGACUUCCUUUGCAACGGAAACCCAUCCGAGGUGUCACCAUUGAAAUUAAUGUGAAUGCAGUGGUUUUCACCGAUGGUGAUUGUGUCGUUGGUGCAGUUUUUGUCCAUUGUCUUCACAUCACGCACGCAGCCAGCACAACAGCAGACACCACGGAGCGCGACCUCGUCGGCCUAUCCGGCCAUGUGCCGCGUUGA